AUGCGCGCAUCCACGUCCAGUCUGGCGCCAUUGAUGCGCCAUCUCUGCAUCUCCACCACCCCCACCCCCACCCCUUCACGCGGCGCACGCAUAGCAGUCAUCGCAAAGACGCAGCAGCAGCAGCAGCAGCAGCAGCAGCGGCAGAAGCAGCUCUCCACCUCUGCAACGCGCGGGGAAGCUGAAGCGACCACGACGGCGUCGACAUCCAUCGCCAGCAGCUCAGCGUCAGCAUCAGCGUCAGCGUCGCAAGGAAGAAGGAAUGGGUUUGUGGGACCGCAACAUCGCGCUCCAGGGUCCGUGCAUGGCGCGAGCAGAGGUGAGUAGCGAGGUCAUCGAGUCGAGCAUUUGCUUGUUGAGCACGAGCACGAGCACGAGCACGAGCACGAGCACUCGCUCACGCAUACACGCACGCAUACACGCACACACGCACACCCGCACACACGCACACCCGCAGGCACCGAGUACCCCUUUUCUACGUCUGCGCGGGUGGUGGAGCAGGUGGAGGAGGUGCCGGCAUACAUUACGCCGCCGCCUCGAGUCAAAUCGGUGUGGCAGGGCAGCAUGGACACGUUCAUUGCGGAUAUGAGGGCAUCGUACGAUCCGACGGGCGAAAAGUCUGCCCUCUUUUCUCGCAAGUCGCGGCAAAAUGUUCCUGCAGGCAGCGUGGUGCUGGUAGAGACGUGGAGCAACAGCAGCAAGACCAACUCUACAGCCUUUAGCGGCGUCCUGAUCGCCGUCAGGAGGCGCGGACUGAGCACUUCCUUUGUGCUGCGAACACUGGUCAACAAGCUGGGCGUGGAGAUGAGGUUCAAUCUGUACAGCCCGCUGAUCAAGCAGAUCAGGGUCAUUAGCCGCGCAGAUGCCAGCAAGGCUACUCGCACGCAGGGCAACCUGAGAAGAGCGCGCAGGGCCAAACUGUACUUUUUGCGCAAGGACGAUAGGCGCAUCGCCGGCAUCAACAAGGUGGUGCAGGCACUCAGGCUGCGCGAGAGUCAGGCGCAGAGGAGUCCGGGAAGCAGCAGCAGGCGCACGUCGACCAAGUAA